AUGGGAUCAUCUUUGUGCUUUAAAGAUUCUUAAAAAUCAACCGAUGAAAUAAAAUUAAUAUCUAACAAACAAUAUAAAUUGAAUGGACCUCCUCAUCUAUUCAAACCAACUCCGAUAGUAAAUAUUCUAAUGUUUGAUGAAUAAAUUGAAAAAGAGGAGUCUCCUUAAACUGAAAUUUUAGAUUCUCUAAGCAAUAUAUAAAAUGUUUAAUAGUUUUCAUAUACUGCACAAUAGUCAGAAGAAAUUGAUAGCACUCAAUCAAAACCUUGGAUAAAAAAAACUUAUGCUAUUUAAACUAUUAAUGUAUCUAAUUUUAAAAAUGAUGAAAAUAAUAAUAAAAACAAUAAUUCUCAACCAAGAAAUUCCAGUAGGGAACAUAAUAUAUCAAUAGGAAAAAAUAAGAAUAUGAAACAAGGUUCAAAUAUUUCCAUUUAAUUGGGACAAUAAGGAUCGAUUUCAAAUGCAACUUUAGAUAAAAAAUAACUUAAGACUAAGAGCCAAUAUAAAAAUAAAUGA